AUGGCUUUGGAGAUGCAGAGCACAGAGCAAAUACAACCUCUCCACCACAGCUUCAGCGGUGGCUUCAGCAGUGGCUUCAGCAGUGGCUUCAGCGGUGGCUUCAGUGGUGGCCUCAAUGGUGGCUUCAGCAGUGGCUUCAGCGGUGGCUUCAGUUGUGGCUUCAGAGGUAGCUUCAGUCGUGGCUUCAGCAGUGGCUUCAGCAGUGGCCUCAGUGGUGGCUUCAGCGGUGGCUUCAGUCAUGGCCUCAGUGGUGGCUUCAGCGGUGGCCUCACUGGUGGCUUCAGCAGUGGCCUCAGCGGUGGCCUCAGCGGUGGCUUCAGUGGUGGCCUCAGCAGUGGCUUCAGUGGUGGCCUCAGCGGUGGCCUCAGCGGUGGCCUCAGUGGUGGCUUCAGCGGUGGCUUCAGUCAUGGCCUCAGUGGUGGCUUCAGCGGUGGCCUCACUGGUGGCUUCAGUGGUGGCCUCAGCAGUGGCCUCAGUGGUGGCUUCAGCGGUGGCUUCAGUCAUGGCCUCAGUGGUGGCUUCAGCGGUGGCCUCACUGGUGGCUUCAGUGGUGGCCUCAGCAGUGGCCUCAGUGGUGGCUUCAGCGGUGGCCUCACUGGUGGCUUCAGUGGUGGCCUCAGCAGUGGCCUCAGUGGUGGCCUCAGCAGUGGCUUCAGUGGUGGCCUCAGCGGUGGCCUCAGUGGUGGCCUCAGUGGUGGCUUCAGCAGUGGCUUCAGUCAUGGCCUCAGUGGUGGCUUCAGAGGUAGCUUCAGUCGUGGCUUCAGUGGUAGCUACAGUGGUGGCUUCAGCGGUGGCUUCAGCAGUGGCUUCAGUCAUGGCCUCAGUGGCGGCUUCAGCGGUGGCCUCAGUUGUGGCUUCAGUGGUGGCUUCAGCAGUGGCUUCAGUUGUGGCUUCAGAGGUAGCUUCAGUUGUGGCUUCAGUGGUGGCUUCAGCGGUGGCCUCAGUGGUGGCUUCAGCAGUGGCUUCAGCAGUGGCUUCAGUGGUGGCUUCAGCGGUGGCUUCAGUGGUGGCUUCAGUGACAAGGACUCAGACAUUCAGAGAGAUUAA